CCCACAAAUUAGUUGCUGGUCGGUAGUCGUAGGCAGCAGGGCUCCAGGCAGGUGUGCCCAAUGACAGAUGAAAAGAGCCGGAGUGAUGAAGAGGAGCUGGAUGUUGUGCAGAAGCUGCUCGCCACGGCCAAAGUUCAUGCCGAUCACGAGCAGCAACGGGACAGCCGAUCGGCGCUGCUCCGGCGCCAGUGGAGCCUCAACGCCAACUUCCUGCUGACGAUCAUGCUGUGCGGCAUGGCCAACGGCCACAGCGCCAUACUGCUCCAGCAGAUGACGACGACGACGACGACCAAUUCCACCGACGACGAUCGUUACAGUCUCCUCUUGGAGCAGGGCGAGCUGUUCGGCCAACCCCUCAUCCACCUCGAUUCGGUGGAGCUUCAAUCGUGGGUCGCCUCGAGCAUGGCCCUGUUCAUGUGUCCGGGCAGUUGGCUCCUGGCGGCGAGCUCGCGUCGCCUCGGUCGCAAACCUCUCCUCUGCUCCGCCGUGGCUCUGCUCUCUGCCGGCUGGCUGCUACUCGCCUGGGCGCCCAAUGUCGCUUGCGUGCUCAUCGCGCGCAGUCUCAGCGGCCUCGGCCUCGGUCUCCUAGGGGCUCUUGUCCCGGUCUAUCAGGCCGAGUGCAGCGUGGCCUGGCUCAGGCCGACCCUCAACGCGGCCUGCGCCGUCUCGUUCAGCUUAGGACUGCUGCUCUGUCACGCACUGGGCACUUGGUUUUCGUGGCGCAGCACCGCGGGCGUGGGUGGCCUGCUGAGUUUGGCGAGCCUCGGCCUCGCGGCCGGACUGCUCACGGAGAGCCCGAUCUGGCUGUCGAGGAGGGGCAGGCCGGCCGAGGCUGUGCUGGCCUGGCAGGCCCAGCGCGGCAACGGGUGGGACAUCGCCGAGCUCGAGUCGCUCCUGCUCGCUCACGAUAAAAGUGGCGUUGAAAGAAGCGAGGUCGAGUACGACACGGCGGCGUUCUGGAAACCGCUCGGCAUCGUCCUGGCCAUGUUCGGCUGCGCGCAGUUCAGCGGCAUGGGCGCCAUCGCCUACUACUGCGUCCAGAUGAUCUCCGAGCUCGCGGGGCCCGAGAACGCCUACCUGGGCACACUGGGCCUGGACGCCUCGCGCCUCGUGGCCUCGCUCUCGUUGACGGCCCUCACCAGGCGCUACAGCACUCGACGCCUCUAUCUGGCCUCGGCCCUGGCCUGCUCCGUCUUUCUCUGUCUGCUCUCGGCCUCGAUCGUACUGAAGCAGUCCCGCUGGAUACCCACCUGGACGCCCCUCGCGCUGCUCCUGUGCUACGAGGUGGCCUGCAUAGCCGGUCUGGGGCCACUGCCCUGGACCUACUGCGGCGAGCUCUUCUCCUCGGCCCACAAGGAGGUGGGCGUGGGAUUGGCCUCGACCUACAACUUCUUCCUGUUCUUCGCGGUGAUCAAGGUGAAUCCCUAUCUGUUCGGCGCCAUACUGCCCUGGGGCACGUUUCUGCUGUACGGCUGCGCCACGCUGGCGGGUUUCGCGCUGCUCUGCUUCGUGCUGCCCGACACGAGGAACAAGUCGCUCAAAGAGAUCGAGGCCAUGUUCGUCAAGACUUGAAUGUUUUCUUCGUUCUCUCGGCGUUUUCUGUGUAAAAUUUUGCUCGAGAGUUGGCUCGUCGCUAUUGUACAUACUUUCUGUAAAAAUUACCCUCAAAAUGGAUAGUAAAACGAAUUUUUACAACGUUCGAAAAAUCAUUGUUAUAUUUGUCGUUAUUUCUUAUAACCUCAUGAUGUAAAUUAGGUAGAUGGAUUUAAAAUUUUUAUUAACUGCUACUUAAAUAAUUAUUUGUACUCUGCCACUUGCAGAUUUACAGGUAAAGAUACUCGCCAUCUAGCGGCGGAGGCUGCUUUAAAUGAUCGAUUAAAAGGCGUUUGAAUUUGAAUGUAUAAUUUCGGUUUUUUUUCGUUCAUUUUUCUUUUAAAAUUAAUGUAAAUGAUUGCAUUUUCAUAC